GACAUUUUUAAUGUUUAGUGUACGUCAACAUCAAAAACCUUAGAAAAAUGUGACAAGGAAGCAAAUAUAAUUAAUUAUUUCCAUUCAAAAAAUGAUCUAGAAAAUUGUCUCUCUGUUACUAUGUAAAAAUAAUGUAACAACCUGAAAUCGUGUAAAAAAUGUUUACGAAACGCAACCUGGUUGAUAUUAAAAAAUCAACUUCAAAAGUACAAGACCCAAAAAAAGAUGUGGCUACAAGAUUAAAACAUUUAAAAAUCAUAUUAGAUAAUGUUGACAUAGCAGAAGCAAAAGGCUUCUUCGAAGCAAAUUUUAGUCAUGUAUAUCAUAUAUUGUAUGAAAGUUUUGUUCAGACAGAAGCAAAUUUACGUCAAAGAGUUCAUAAGGCGCAUAAAGAAGAGCUGGAAUGCACCCUCUGGAUCCUAGAUCAAGUUCUGAGCCUUUUACCAGAAUUAAUACAUAGAAGAUGGCAGAUACAUUCCUUGGGAAGGCUUUUAGCGAAACUGCUGCAUCCCGGAAACGCUAUAAAACUAAGACGCCAGGGCAUACGGUAUUUCCUUAUGUGGUACCAGGCUUUAAACGAGAAUGCGCCUGAUCACGUUCACAAUAUGUUUGCAGCUUUAGUUCCGGGAUUCUGCAACCAGAUCAUUGUGCCGGCCCAGAACAGUGGCAGUGUCUUUCACGAUACGAGUGCUCAAAAUCCUAUUACCCCAUGUGAGAUUCUACCUAUUUUGCCCCCUUCGAGUGGGGAAAAACCGCCGGAGCACGCGAGUAAAUUCUAUCUAGAAGCUCUCUUGGAGAAUAUAGUUCAUACCGUCAUUAAAUUAGAGUGGCAAGAUAAGGCUUCUUACCAUCAUCGGUGCUUCAAUUUCCUUUUGGAAAAAUUUAAGAUUUAUUAUCUGCCUAAGAUUUGCCCCAGUUUCUGUAACGAAACGUCCGUUUAUAGACCUAAUUUAGAUCUGCCAGUUCUAAGAAGGCUAGAAAGUGAAAAUGAGUUUGUUCACUGCCGAGUCACAUUGAUAAUGUGGCUAACGAAUUACAUGCACCAGGCCAAGAAAAAUCUAGAAGGCGGUCCAUCCUCCAUUCCCAGUAUUCAGUCGCCUUCCCAGCAGUCACAGUUUAUGCACGAGGAUGAAGCGCAGAACGAUUCCUCACAUCCUAGUUUAGAUUCCACAAUAUCUCUCCAAACGAACAAGACAACUAGCGACGAAGAACUAGCCAUCCAAGUGGUUCGAGACGUUCUCUGUAGCACCAGAGAUAAUGUCAAUUUUAUCCACGAGUUGUAUCGGCAAACUUUUCUUCUUAAUUUCUCGCAUGUGGCAGCAAUCAGAAAAAUAAUCAUCGUCUAUAAAGAUCUGAUUCAAGGUAAUGUUGUGGAAUUGCCGCCUUAUGCUCUAGAAUUGCCCGAGGAUGUUCCGAGGAAUAGCGAAGAGUUGACGCCAGAGACUGGCAGACCUGGACGGUUGAGAAACGACUCUUAUCUGGGCGCUAUUCAUAAAGAAAAUCUGUUAGUGAGGGCCGGCAUGCAGAACGUAUACCAACUGUUCAUGACACACGCUGCCAACGUUUUCCUGUUAGAAAUAAACUCGCAUAUCCCUCGGAUGCUUGAAGAACAAACUGACACUUGUAAAAGAGUCUUGAACAUUUAUAGGUACAUGGUAAUGAAUACAAGAAUGGACAAUGCCACUUGGGAGCAGUUACUUCUGGUAUUGUUGCAAAUAACGUCGUUAGUACUUGGCGAGAGUCCGCCGAAAAAGAAAGUCACCACCUUGGGCGGAAAGUUAGCUCCCGCCAUAUUCCAGACAUUGAUAGUAACGUGGAUUAAAGCGAACUUAAAUGUAAUGAUUUCACGGGAGUUAUGGGACAGGUUCUUACACGUUCUGACAUCUCUUACCACAUGGGAGGAAUUGAUAAAGGAAUGGGCGAAAACGUUGGAGACUCUUACCAGAGUUUUGGCUCGCCAUGUCUAUAAUUUAGACCUCACAGACCUGCCGUUGGAUCGUCUGAACGAGCACAAAUCGAAGAGAGGUCGCAGAGGUCCGAGGCUAGAAAACAACACUCCGUCUAACACCAACGACGCAGGUCAUCCAGCCGUGUGUCGUCAGGAUUCCAGUUUACCUGACGGUCAUAUUUCUUCAAAGAGGGGUAGAUCGAGUCUACCGAGAAGUUAUAGUGAAACUAACUUGACCCUAAAGCGCAGGUCUACAUUUGUGAGGCAUCAAAAUUCUAAAUAUAGAAGAUCAAGGUCACUCGACACCCUCGCCCCGCCUGACACCGAAUCUGCAGACCGCACCCGUUCUCCUAGUCCGGCUCCGUCCAGCGGUCUCGAAAGCAAUUCCAUAAAAGAUUCGCCCAUACAACUGGACAUGCUCUCUUCCGAAACUCACACCCUGGAGCUGUCUGGCGAAAACAGAGGUGUAGUAUGCGGCGGGGCCAUAAGGGGUUGGCUUCCAGACGUCGCCGUUAUACUUUGGAGAAGGAUGCUCGGCGCUUUAGGCGACGUCAAUCACGUAACCGAUCCCAAACUGCACGCCCAGGUGUUCGAGUACUUGAUUAAAUUGACGGACACGUUGAUCAAGAUCAAGCAAAACCAGGGUGUGUCGCCUGAUAACAUGAGCACCCCUCAGGCCCCCGAAUUGGUUCCGCCUUUGACUUUAAUUUUGCCUUGGUGUUUUGGGGCGUUAAUGCUGCCAAGUAAUUUCGAGGCGGGACAGUUGAACGCCAUGAGGCUACUGUGUACUAUAACUUUGAACUGCGAUUUGAAACAUAGGACGUAUUUGUCGCAGUUUUAUCGGUUUUUACAUUCAGCAUUGACGGGCACCUCGAAACCAUUUCUCAACACUUGUCUAAAGUACCUCGGUCCUCGAUUUUUGUCGUUACAACUGCCCGGUUCCACACUACUCCUGUUGGACCUAGUACAUGCCUGCAACACUGUACUUAACAGUACCGAGAAACUAGAAGCGAGCCCUAGGACAGAGGCUGUUUCGAUUUUGGCGAACCUGCUCAGCCUGCCCGAUGACCUUAGUUCGUUUUCGGUACUCCAGCCCGAACAGGACAUACACAUGAUGGCGUGUCCUGAUAUUAAGGAACAUGUGGUCAGUAUAUUGUUAAGGACAGGAAGGCGUGAGCCCAAGGGUAAAGCAAGGUGCAUAGCACUUUCCGCUUUAGGUAUCUUUGUGUACAAGGAAUUGAAUAAUCAGACGUUCCAUCCAAAAGUUGCGGACGCUAUCAACGUGUUAUUACUGGCAUUAAAGUUCAACAACAAGGUUAUAGCGCAACUCGCCAGCAAUAUAUUGUUCCUUCUGUGCGACCACGCUCCACUACUGUGGACUCAGUACCCACGACUGGGGAAUUCGGUUAUAAAUACUUUGUGUUCAGCGCUUUUUCUGCAUGCGCCUCUCGGUUCUAUCGCUGGAGAAAGUGACAAAGCUUUAGGUACGGCCUUACUACUGUGUCUGGGAGAAUGGUGCAUGAAGCUGGGACCAAUGAGGCUUUUGGAGGUAUCCGAGUAUGGGGAGAACAGAGGAAUAUGUUUACUAUCCCAAGUUUUCGGUGUUCUGUACAAAAUAAUACAAGGAAAAGCCUCGCAAGAAAAUCCAGGGGGAUUAAGUCAGCCUAGUAUUAACGACGACUUCGAUCCAAAUAUCAUUUCGGACGACUUGGAAAAAUCGCCUGCGCAAAGUCCUUCCAAAAACAACCAGUGUCAACAGGCAAUCACCUUGUGCGCUAAGACUGUAUUGGCUCAUCUAGUCACUCAUUUAGGCCAUUUUCCGAUGGCCAUCGGAGCCGCCAGACUUAGUUCGCUUGUCGUGGAACACGACGACGUCCCCAAUCUUACAUCUGACGAUUUGUCAGCGAGCAUAUUUUCAGCUCCAAACAUCCAGCUGUUUAUUCUCUCUAAGAAUGUGAUCGCGAGUUUAAUCGAGCUCCCGACUUUAGAUCUGCCGGGUGGUGGGGUGACAGCUGGUCUGUCAACUGCCGAUAAACAAGUGAGGGUGUUGUUGAGAGAUCUUUCCGGGAAAUCUAGUUGGGAUGCUUCGAUUUUAUAUCGAACUCCAGAGAGCAUAAAAGCGGGAGAACAGGAUAACUAUCUAUCGGAGACUUUACCAAAGACUGCCUCUGUUAGUUCCAUCCAACCCGAGAGUUUAAUGGUGGGCUCACCUUUACAUACACUUCCACAAAGGGCUAUGAGACAUAGGCCUCCUAACGUUUUACCUGAAAUAUCUAAUGCUGCGCCUGAUUUGGACCAACUGGAUGAUUUAUUGCAAUACCUGGGACAUACGAGUCCCGAAUGCCUAGAGAGCCUCAGUCGUAAGUUAAACGAACCAGCGGCGCCACCUAUGUCCACUGAAUUAGAGCAGGAAGCCAUAGCCUCCGUGAUUAGUCAAAGGAAUGUCGAAGUGGAAGAAAAUAGACUGGUACAACAUUUGGAUUCCAUGUUGGGGCUGCCUAUCACGAGACCGAGCAGUCGUGCUGAAGCUAAAAGCCCUUCAUUUGAGCCUCCAAGCAGUCAGCAGUCUUCCCUGGGAAUCGUGGAACAAAACGCUUUUCAGCAGUGUCGUCUUUUGUUCUCUCAGUUGGGUCUGGCGGGGUGGGAACGGAGACAUCAGUUGCAUUUGUUGAACAAAACGGAACGUUUGCUUAGGGAGCUGAGGAACUUAGAUAAUCAGAGUUGCCGAGAAACUCACAAGUUUGCUGUAAUAUAUGUGGCUCCCGGGCAGGAGGAUAAAAAUUCGAUACUGUCGAACCAAGGCGGUAGUGUGGCUUACGAGCAAUUCUUGGCAGCACUCGCCUGGGAAAUCGAGCUGGAAGGGCACACGGGUUUCUUGGGCGGCCUACAAAGACAAGGUUCCACGGGACUUACAGCACCCUACAUAGCGACGAGUUUUGUGGAAGCCAUAUUUCAUGUAGCCACUAGGAUGCCCGGCGACACCCCCGAUGCUGUACUUAGCAAGACGAGGCAUUUGGGAAACGAUGAAGUGCAUAUAGUGUGGUCUGAACAUAAUAGAGAUUAUAGACGUGAUAUCAUUCCCACUGAGUUCUGUGAUAUUUUGAUAACCAUUUACCCAUUAGGAAAUAAUUUAAACAGAGUAACAGUUAAUUGUAAGGCAGAUGUGCCACAUUUUGGCGUGUUGUUCAAUGAAGCGAUUGUCGAGAGUAACAUCUUAGCCGGGCUGGUUAGAGCUACGGCCCUUUGCGGCAGUCGCUCAAAAAGGGUGACUUACCAGUUUUAUCAACAAUAUUACGAAGAACGCGCUAGAUCGUUAGAUACUGUAGUGACGAAACACAAAAACAGUGCGACUUAUGAAGAUUUCAUAUCAAAGGUGUACAGUCCCAUAGGGACGCCCAGUCCAUUUUGUCCCAGUGGUUCGUCCUCUAGCGGUGCUGGGGACGGAACUUCGUGUAAUCCGUCGAUGUUAGCAGCUGCCUUGUUAGAUUCCCACGGACAUUCACAUAAGGGCUCUCAACGAGCAGAUCAGAAGUACAGAGCUUCGACAAACGAUGCGUCUAGAGGCGUUUGGUUUAACAAUUCAGACAUGCAAAACAUGGAAUCCAGUAUAUCUCCCAGGCCCCUAAAAAGGUUAUCGACGAAUCUGAAGAAUUCUAAGAAAUCGCUGAAACACGAGACGUCGGUAGAAUCUCCCCCAGAGAGCCCCCUGCAAAUGACAAGAAGGAAAUGACUAUAAAUAACGGAUAC